AUGCCGUCUCCACUGUCGGGGCUGGGCGCGCUGGGCGCGUGCGGCGGGCCCUCGCCCUCGGCGCCGCAGACGCAUCUGCAGCACCACGCGCCGCCUCAGAGAGGCGUAGGCAUGGGCAUGGUGGCGUCCCCCUCAUCUUCCCUUAAUACACCCGUAGGGGCAGGCGUGGCUUCCCCAGGGGGGGAGGAAGCAGCUUACCGGGAGAAGGUCAGACAGCUGUCGAAAUACAUCGAGCCGUUGAGGAAGAUGAUACACCGGAUGGCUAGUGAGGGAGAGAAUGUGGAGAAACUGACCAAAAUGAAGAACCUACUGGACAUCCUAUCGAACCCAAACAAGCGGAUGCCACUUGAAACACUAAUCAAAUGCGAGGUGGUGCUAGAGAAACUUGAUUUCAAGCGCAGCGAAGGCGUCGUCGUGGGACUCCCGCCGGGGAAGGAGCAGAUCUUCAAUCCUCUGCUAGAAGUAGUAAACAACUGCCUGUCGUCGCCGCUGGCCAACCACACGCUCAAGCGUACCUUCGGCUCCACGUUAGACGCGCUCAACGGGCCCGAGAUCAGGAAUCUACCACCACCGCUCAAAACGCAAAAAUUAGAAGAGCCAGUCAUGGAUAUACCUGAUGUUCUUCAAGGAGAAAUCGCCAGGCUAGACUCCAGGUUUAAGGUGUCCCUAGACAACAUGCAGUUAUCAGGCGGCAUCGGCGCCAUUUCCCUGGUCGCGCAGUUAGACGACGCGCGUCUGCCGUGCGUGCCGCCGGUGCACGUGUCGGUGCCGCGCGACUACCCGCUGGCCGCGCCGUGCCGGCUACGACUGCGCGGCGCGAAGCCCGACGCGCCCGACUCGUUCCUGGCGCGCGUGGAACGCGCGUGGGAGGCGCGUGUGGCCAGGUUACCGAAGCAAUGCUCCGUGGGACAACUCCUCGACGCGUGGGAGAUGAGUGUGCGUCAAGCGAGCGCGCCCAGCCCUAUCACGUAUACGCCCGUGCCCGCGCUAGGACUUUAAGAAAUGACGCAGCGACAACCCUAGGUAAGCUCAGUAACCUUUGUUGCUGUAGAGUUUCGAUGGAGUUAGCGUAAAAUAGAAAUG